UUAUGGAUGAUAUGGAUUUUUUUUUUUAACUAAAUUCUGAUUUUGUCACUGUAUAUGUAUGAAAAACCAAAAUCUAGCCCAGCAUCCAUCUGGAUGUGCAAUGAUAGACGUCAUGUUUCAAUAUGUACAGAUCUAUGCAUAUAAAAACCAUUGCGGCUUUUAAACCUGCAAAAGAAAAGAUCUAAUUUACUUUACUCACACUGUUUGAUCAGUCACAGAAAUGUAUUCUAAUGUCAUCGGGGAUACAGGAAGAGAAACAAAACUAAACAUUUGUCAAGCCAAACUUUUUUAACAAUGAACCUUUCUCACACAAUGUAUGUGACAAUGUUUGUGUACAUCCUGUGUGAUCAGCAGACAUGAAUGGGGAGCUGUGCAGUACACUGCGUUACAUUGGGAAACUUGAGAAAUUUCCAUGUGAUGAGGGGUGGGAACCUUGAAACGGGAGCUUAGGUUUCCCCAGAGCCAAUAAGAGCUGCUCACUCGCUGCUGUAGUCCAGGCUGUCAUCACCACCACCUCUUCUGUUUGGCAGAACCAUCUCACUGCUAAGACCACCAGGCUCACCUGAACACUACUGCCACCAUGGUCUGCUUGGCCCUGAUGUUUGCUGCUGUCAUCACUGUACGUGUUAGUGGACAACCUAGGUUACCUCCUCUGCCUAUCAAAGACGGCUGCCAUCAGGUGGAUCCAGAGGUGGGGAUUUUCAGAAAGGAGGGCGAGGCUGUAAUCCUCCAUUUCCCAAUCUUCAGUGGUGUUCUUAAAGCGCGUAAAAUCCUCCCACCAGCGGCAAAGUUCGUCAUCAGUAAGAAGAACGGCACCGAUGCAGUGACCUAUGAGGCAGAAGGCCGCGUCCAGCAGCACGCCACCCAACUCUGGUUCCUCCCAGCUCAGGCGUCCGACUCAGGGGAAUAUUCCUGCACUUACAGAAAUGAAACCUACUGCGUGACCGGGAGCAUCACUCUGAGCGUGUUUGACAGCGGCUCCGUUGACAUGGCAAAGCUGUCCUAUCCGUGGACAGCCACAGAGGGAGAGGAGCUGACAAUUUUCUGUCCGGCUCUCGGCUCCUUCAACAAGAGCAACACACUAAUAGAGUGGUUCAAGGGCUCCAGCCUCACUGCUCUUCAGCCGAGUCAGAGAGACUUCUUUCACUGGGAUGGAGGGAUGCUUCUGAUUCCUGCUGUGAUGUCAUCGCAUGCAGGUCUGUACACCUGCCAGCUCACUGUGCUCAUCAACAACCAGCAAUACAAAGUCAGCAGGACCCUUCAAGUCCAUGUGCAAGAACUGGAAACCAAUCCAACAACGUCUACAACCUCCACAACCUCCAACGUGGACAUGCUCAUCAGCAGCACCUUCAGCACUUUCAAAAAAGUCAAACCUCCUGCAAUCGUUUCACCUCUCAAUGGGACCGUUUUUGAAAGUUCCCAUGGUUCGGGGCUGGAAAUGUUCUGUCAGGUGCUCACCGAGUGUCCAACAGCAGAUUCAACUUUGGUCAUGUGGCAGGUAGACGAGCAGUCAGUGGAGUCCUCUUAUUUGAGCAGAAGAGCUCUGCAAGGAGGGAGAGAGGUAACCAGGGUGUCCACAAUGUGUCAGAUUGAAUUGAGGCUAAUUAUUGCGGAUAUAUCUGAAGAAGAUGACCAUGUGGAGAUAAAGUGUGUCGCUCAGAACGUGGGAGGGAGACAGGAAGUUGUUGCCCUGAUUAAAGUGGAAGACGCCACCGUGACGUGGGUGAUCGUAGCAGUGGUGGCCUUGUGCUUCUUCCUGGUUGUGGUCUCCAUCUUCCUCUAUGUCCUCUUCAAACCCAAAGAGAAGAAGAAGAUGGAUUAUUUUCUGGCUCGGCAGAGCAGCACUUUUUCAGUUUAGAUACUCGAUAACUUCUUUAUUGUGUUACAUCACCUCAUCCUUUCAUGGAACCAAACAGCUGUUUUUCUAUCUGUACAGCGGGACUACUGUAGGCAUUUGGUUUUCUGAAAUAUCUGCUUCUUGUAGAAAAUGUAAUGAUAUAGUUAAGUUAUUUUCUUAGGAUUUUAUCGUUAAAUUUCUUGUGAAAUUAUGAAAGCAGGUUUGUUUCAAACUACUGAAUGUAACUGUUUGACUCAAAUGGUCACGAUGCUCCACCUCAGACUUGAAUUCUGUCAGAAGCGUUUGCUUGCAGUUGAUCCAACGGCGUGUAACUUUAACACAAUUCUGUAUUGAUAUUGUUUUGAUUGUUUUUCUAUUUGUGUAUUUUUUGUUUUGUUUUUAUGCAGCAACGUUUAAUGAACAUAGUGUAUUUCUUUUUUACUUUUGUGCUUCUAAAUGCUCCUAACUUACCUUUGCACAUUUAUUUUCAUCAAAACAUGUUGUUUUUGACACUGUGCUGUGCAUUUGGAUGUCUGUUGGUCUGUGAAUAAACAUUAUGUGUUUGUACAUUCCCAAAUGA